UUCUCAGUGUCUUGGCGGGUCUUACGUUGCUGUUUUAUAGCGCAUUAAUUUCGAAAGUAGCGCUACGUGUGCCAAAAAUCAUUAGCAACGGAAUUACGCUCAAUGAAAUGCAGUCGGCGUCGCCGGCAAACAAAAGCCCUCCGAGGGAAGAUAAUACAGCGUGGCCAGACCAGGCCAGACCAGAGCAGACCAUGCCGUCCUCCGUCGAUUACGAUGGCGAUAUCGGUGCCGGAACAGGGAAACCCAGAAUGGUCUGGGGGUGGGUCUGGGAAUGGGAGCUGUCGAGGAAAACGGCAGUGGUGGUCGGAGGGGAAAAGCCGACAGCCGCUGGCGUUAGCGUUUCUGCUGCUUAUAAAUUUACCCUAACGACAAGUUAAAUGCUGAAUACGAAAUGCUUCAAACCCAAGGGUUCCCAUUCCAAAAACCUCGGAUACAUUUGAAUACAAGUCGCUGAAUCUGCCGUCAAGAUGAAGGCUUCAUACUCGAAUUGGAAAGAACACGUGAACUGAUUAAGUCCAUAAAUCCUAAACGAAAUGCACAUCUUCAAUCAAGACUUUUUAUACUGGUAAUAAGCAGUCCUUCCUAAAUCUAAUAUAUUUAUUGACACAGAUAUGGAAAGUAUAAUCAAUAUAUUCAAUUUAAUUAGUGGAACUUAACCACCUAGAAUUACAUUAUCAAACAGGUUCUGUAACAUUUGUUAUGCCGGCAAUAUUGUGAUAUUGUGUUUCUUAAUUUAAUUCGUUUAUGGGCACUUGAAUGUAUAAUUAUUCGAUUUAAUUAGUAAAACUUGAGCAACUAGAAUUACGACAGCAGCCCAUUUCAAUGACUCUGCGUUCGGAAAGCAGAGCACCUCGCGCUUAUCCGACUUUAGUUCGUAUCGAUGGCAAUCUUAUCAAUGGGGAAUAAACCAUUAUCAGAUAAUAGGCGGAACUAAUUCGCCUAAUGAAAUUAUGCAAAUGGCAGUCAGUUUGAUUUUGGCGCGGCAGGUGCGAGCACUCCACACCUCUGGAAACAUAGACGCAUACUAUGUUUAAGUCCAAGUCCUUCGAUUUGGUCAUUGAGGAAAAGACCAAGAAACCGGAACGGCUGUACCAGCCUCGCCGGAUGCGAUGGCUAAAAUAUAUCAUCCUGCCGGCAGUCUUUUCCUUCGCGCUUCUGCUGAUCCUGGUCAAUGUGGACUUCUCCGAUAAUAGUGAGGACUCCACGCAUCUGGGCAAUGACACAUCGCUCCUUAUAUCUAGCUAUGGAUUUGAAAAUAACACACUGCACCGGGGAUUUUUCUCCGGAGUGGUUGCAUUACACAGUCUUGUCAUCGAGAACUGCACCAUAGUUCAUAUCAACGAUGGGGCUUUUGAUCAGGAAAGCACUGCGAACAUAACUAGCCUGCAGCUCAUUAAUGUGCAAUUGGAAAACUUCACUGAAUCCGCACUGCAAGGUCUUCACAAGCUUCAGAACUUUACUCUAGUCAAUGAAAAUAAUCACUUUAGGCCAUUUGGAUUCCUCUCAGCUGUGGCUGAAUCGUUAAUCAGUGCGGAAAUUCACCAGUCACUGGCCACAGAUAUAUCGUAUUCAGUGUGCGACUUUUUGGGAUCCCGGAAUUUCACCCAGUUGAAAUAUUUAGAUCUGAGUGGCACACACUUGGACAAAAGCCUUAUUAAAGAGUCCUUUGACAAUCUGCCCGCCUUGGAGCAACUGAUUCUAAGGAACUGUGGGUUGGGUCACAUCGAGUGGGAAAUCGUGAAGCCAAGACUCAAAUUGUUGCACCAUUUGGACUUGGGUGGAGCUUGGAAGAUGGGAAACUAUGAAUAUCAGUUGGACGUGUCCGCGUUCCCUCCUGAGACAACGACUAACUCUGAAGAGAUAUCUACAAUCCUGGCUGAGAGAGCGAUGGGUCCAGAAGUAGUGGGCACCACUACACCAGGAACGACAACGUCCAUAUAUAUGCCAUCAACAUCAAUACAAGAUGAUACAUCGACAUCAACACAAAGUACAACACCCAAAUAUGAAAGUACAUCCACGGCAGAGACAACGAUAUCGACAACACCAUCGUCAAAAUGCGAGGAGGAACUUUGCCAGGAUCUAGUGUGCUCCAGAAUUUCCACCGAUACGGUUUUAUCUGCAGAUCUGGGAAGAUCGUCGUGCCAGGAUGGCUUACUGGUGGAGAUCUGCGAAUCGACUUGCAUCACUCCCACAUUCUUCUGUGUGAUAUUAGGCGAGAACUUUACCUCCGCAUCCAACUGUUGUUUCCACCAGACCAUGCGAUGUGAGGUCUCUGCACAGGUCUCCUGGUUCGAGGACCACAGCGGACUGGUCAUUGGCUUGGGAGUGGGUCUCCUCUUCGUCGGCAGCUUCCUCGGCAUGCUCAUCGUCUUCGGAACCCUGCGCCUAAAGCCCUCCUGGUUGCGCGGCAGUAGGCGGCGGGAGUCGAAGACGAUAGGGCUGAUUCAAGGAAGAUUCGAGAAGGACCCGUAUGAGCAAGUGGGAGGUCCGAUUGCAACUAUCGACAACAACGAGUACGUCACCGCCUAUCACCGUUACCUGGAGCAAGCGAAUCACCGCCCCACAGAGUCGAACAAGUACAUCCGCCCGCCCAGGGAUAGGGCUCCUUCAGUUCCGCCCUCCAGCGAUUAUCCACUGCCACUUCCGGCAAGGAAUUGCAACGUGUACGAGAGCUGUGAACUGUACGAGGAACUUCCGUAGGCAUAUGUACAAUAAAGAUGUAGAUGUGCAUACGAGUUCGAAGGCAAUAUUCAGACACGAUGAACUUAACACAUUUCAUUUGCAAAAUAUUGUGGGGCAAUAAUCCAACAAAUGAGUGUUUAAGAUUAAUGUUAAGAUGUUUUGCUUUCGCCACAUACAACUGGAAUACAAUCAAAAUUUCUGCUAGAUAUAUAACGAAUUACGUUCCAAUAAAAGCGAAAAGUAAACCGAGUUUGAACGGCAUGAGAUAUGAGUAUCUCAAAGUGCGGCAUGAUGACAUACCCAAUUAUACUCGCUUGUUCUGGUUUGCAUCUUGUUAUAGAACUGGGCCCCAUGUCUGGAUUCUGUGGAAGUUUGCACAGUUCAAUGCUUUUAUUUAGCUUUAAUGAGCUCCAGUUGGCGAGGAGGGCGCAAAAACGCCAUCUGAAUGCGCCCCAUUGUGGAAACAGCUUUCAUCCCGGCACUUGCCCUUCCACGGACCCGGAGAUACACUCGUAGUGCACAGUUUGUUGACUUGCCACAUGCACAAUAAAAUAUUUUUGCAAGCGCUUUUUAUGGCUGACAUGUCACUUAAUACACAGCGCUUUGCCAAUUUAUUUGUGCCCCUCGUUCCAGUUUGGAUAUUUGUUUUUUGGUGCCCUGCAGGCUGUCGCUGCCACAAUUUCC